AAUUAGAAUUGACAAUUAAGUCGCUUUAAAAACAAACACGUUAAAAUUUUUCGUUUUAUUUAUUUAACAUUCCCGUAAGAUUAGAUCUAAAUUUCAAUAUCGCUAAUUUAAUUUUAAUAACGUGACUUUUCUAUGAAUUUAAAUAUUUGAAAAAGGCAAGUUAAUAUGUCCGCUUAUAAUGAUCAUGAAGAUGAAGAAUCAGAUGAAGAAGACGUAGAUUUGUUUUCAGGACGCGAAGCAAUUACAUUCUUAAUCGACGCAAAACUUUAUAAUGAUAUUGAUGAAUUUGCUAACACAUUGGACAUAGUUCAGAAAAGCCUUUUAUCAGGUUUGCUAACACGCGGGAAAGAUUUUAUUGGAGUAGUAUUUGUGAACACAGAAAAUUCUCCUGAACCAAAAGAUUUAACUAGAAUGAAAAAUAUAGUAGUAGCCCCAAACACAGCUGUUUUAUUGCCACUUGCUGAGCUAUCAAAAGAAAUCAUGGAAUACUUUUUGAAUUUCACAACACCUGAUUAUUUUGAUUUCCCAAAACGAUUUGGAAUAAAAGAUGGAAGCAUUGCGAAUGCUAUUAGAUUAUGUACAAAUAUGUUUAAGCAAUGUGGCUACAAAUUAAGUACUCAAACGAUCAUAUACUUUACUAACUGUGAUGAGCCAUACAAAGAAGGCUCAUCUGAGUUUCAAAAAUGUUUGCAGAAAGCAAAAGAUUUGGAUGAAACCGAUGUUCAGUUUGAGCUCUUACCAAUGUGCGAGAAUUUUGAUUACAAUAAAUUUUACAAAGAAUUUUUAUCUAUGGUACAACAUAUUGAGAUAGAUCAAUUUACUGAGCCGAAUAAAGAAGAACUAAUAAAAAUGAUUUCUAAUAGAAAUUUGCAGCAAAACUCUAAAAAGCGUUGUACUUAUCAUUUAAAAUGGAUUCUGGGAAAUAAUGUAGAAAUUUCUGUAGGGCUAUAUAAUUAUUUUAAAAAAAAAGUUUUACCUAAAAGUGUGAAAUUAUUAAGAACAAAUAACUCUAUUAUCGAUGUAAAAAGGGUUUAUAAAACCAAGACGAUUGAAUCAGGAAUGGAAGUUGAUCAAGAGUUAAACGAAAAUGUUUCCACGGAAAAAUUUCCAAAAUCCAAUGAGGAAGAAGAUUUAAAACCAAGUGAUACAAGGAAAGUAUUAAUUAUAGGAGGUCGUCAAGUGGAAUUUACUUGUGAAGAAGUAUCUAGAAUGCGUAGUCCGUUAGCCCCUGGAAUGCGUCUACUUGGCUUCAAGAACCUUGAAAGUAUAUCAUUCCAUAACUUUGUAAAAACCACUUCCUUUCUUUAUCCUGAUGAAAGAAUUAUAAAUGGCUCGACAACAUUAUUCCGGGCUCUAUGGGAAAAGUGUAUUCAAAGAAAAAAAGUAGCGAUUUGUGUUAUAGUUCCUAGACGAAAAGUCCCGCCACGUUUUAUUGCAUUGUUACCAACAGAAAAGAAAAAUUCUUUUAACGAUCAUGAUGGUUUUCGUAUUGUUUACUUACCUUUUGAAAAUGAAUUUAGGUUAUUGAAUUUACAAGGUUAUUCUCUUGUGGAGGCUCCUGAUGAUGGAGUUAAAAUUUUUGAAAAAAUCUCUAAUAAAUUAAAAAUCAAAUUUACGCCACAUAUACUCAGGGACCCAACAUUAGAAAUAAUUGAAGCAAACAUUAUUGGAUCUGCUUUUGAUAUUGAAUACGAAGGUUUAGGGGAGGGAUGUUCUCCAGAUUUUGAGCAACAAGAUGAACGUAUUCAAAAAGUAAUAGAAAAUUUGACAGAUAUAUUUGGUCAGGAUUUAGAAAUAACUAAAAAGAAGAGACCAGGCGAUGGUCUUCCAGAAAGGGCGCAAAAAAUUCAGAAAAUAACAGAGGAAUGUCCAACACGUCAGCAGAUUGAAGACCUUUUAUCAAAAGAAGAAUUGAAUAUUUUGACUAUUAAACAAUUGAAAGCUUAUCUGCAAGAAAAUAAUGUCACAGGUUUGUCUAUUACAAAGCCCAAAUUAAUUGAAAAAGUCAUAGAGUUGCAUUCAUGAGCAUAAUUAAUAUGAAGGCUUUUUUAUUGUCAAUGCUGAACCCAAAAAAAAAAUAUUCUCUUUUUUUAUAUAUAUGUAUAUACAUAUGUAUUUAAGAAUUUGUUACAGCAGAAAAUAUUUUUUUAAUAAAAUUUACAAUUUGGUAUUAUAUUAAAAU